AUGAGGGUGGUGAGCACAGGUGGCAGCGGCCACGUGGAGCUGCUCAAGCGAGCGGGAGCCUUUCUAACGUAUAGCUCGUUCUGUCCCCCGGAUGACCUGGCUGACCGAGGCCUCCUGGGAGUCAAGUCUUGUUUCUACACCCAAGAUGCCCUGGGGCUCUGGAAAAUCAUCUCUCGCUACGUGGCGGGAAUUGUGAGUCUCCACUAUGAGACGGACGAGUCUGUGAAAGAGGACCUUGAGCUGCAGACCUGGUGUCGGGAGAUCACUGAGGUUUGGCUGCUGGGGGCCCAGGACCGAGGGUUUCCCGUCUCCUUACAGUCCAAGCACCAGCUUUGCCACUUCGUGACUAUGUGCAUCUUCACCUGCACUGGCCAGCACUCCUCCAGUCACCUGGGCCAGCUGGACUGGUACGCUUGGGUCCCUAACGCGCCCUGCACGAUGCGGCUGCCCCCGCCAACCACCAAGGAUGUGACACUGGAGGUGGUGAUGGCAACACUGCCCAACUUUCAUCAGGCUUCUCUCCAGAUGUCCAUCACCUGGCAACUGGGCAGACGCCAGCCCAUUAUGGUGGCUCUGGGUCAGCAUGAGGAGGAGUAUUUUUCAGGCCCUGAGCCCAAGGCUGUGCUGAAGAAGUUUAGGGAGGAGCUGGCUGCCCUGGAUAAGGACAUUGAGAUCCGGAACGCAAAGCUGGACUUGCCCUAUGAAUACCUGCGGCCCAGCCUGGUGGAAAACAGUGUGGCCAUAUGAGCACCCCCAGCCUUUGGCUGCUUCAGUCCCCUUCCAGCCAAGCCACACCCACCGCUUAGUGCUGUCAGUCUUGCCCGCCCGGAGCCCCAUCCUCUUCCCAACUCCCACCCUCAAAGAGUCACCUUUUCAGUGUCUAUGCCUAGUGAGAUCACACUUAACUCUGGACGCCCCACCUAGGGACCCCCGUCCUCAUUUCUUCCUCCGCCUCCCCUUUCUCCUUCAUCUUUCAGAUCUCCCACAAGGCAGAUAACAGCCCCACUGAUACAAAGGGUUUCAAGAAUAGAACAGGGUAAUAACACAGUUUAUUCUACAGGAAUCAGAUAGGAUUUUGAACCUAAAUCGAGCUUAAUAUCAAGAAAAAUAUAUUUGAG